GGGCAGCCGGCGUGCCUCGGCGGAGCCCAACCAGACUGUGCUGCAGUGUGAUAUCGAGGAGUCCGAGAAGAUGGCGCUGAAUCAUCCGCGCAAUCGCCAGCCGCGCUUGUCACUGCACGGUAAACCUAUCAGCCUCCGGCAUCAUAAUCGCCGGGAUGCUCGAUAUCGGAAGGUCCAAGCCAAGAUCUACAAUUUUUUGGAGAGACCACGCGGCGUCCGGGCCAUUGCCUAUCAUAUGCUCGUUUUUGCUCUCGUUUUUGGAUGUUUUUGCUUGACAGUCAUCUCGACUGUGCCGGAUUUCGAAGAUUCCACACAGCAGCCCCUCUUCUGGAUGGAAUUGAUCAUCGUUGUCUGGUUUACGGUUGAAUUUCUUCUGCGUAUGUGGUCGGUGGGAUGCCGGUCCCGCUACCAGGGCGUCCAGGGAAGGAUUUUGUUCUUUAAAAGACCGUUCACGAUUAUAGAUACCAUCGUAAUUGUGGCCUCGAUUAUUGUACUGGGAAUCGGCAGUCAUGGCCAAGUGUUUGCCGCGUCAGCAUUGCGCGGUCUGCGCUUCUUUCAAAUUCUGCGCAUGGUGCGUAUGGAUGAUAAUUGUAAAGAGAAGAAAAACCAUUUCAACACUUUUGCCGAUGCGCUUUGGUGGGGCGUCAUAACAUUAGCAACCGUGGGUUAUGGCGACACUGUGCCGGCAACAUGGAAAGGCAAGUUAAUUGCCGGAAUCUGUGCAAUGAUGGGAAUUUCCUUUUUUGCAUUGCCUGCGAGCAUUCUUGGUUCGGGGUUUGCGCUGAAAGUCCAACAGCAGCAGCGCCAAAAACACCUCAUCCGUCGCCGGAACCCCGCUGCCCUGCUCAUCCAGUGCAUGUGGCGCUGCUACGCCGCCGACGAGCGCUCCCGCUCCAUCGCCACAUGGGAGCCGCAUCUGCGCGGACUCCGGCAACAGAGUGUGGCCGUGGUGCCCACGACCACCUCCAAAUUCCACCACUCUUCCACGUCCUUCGUCAGUCGCUUCUCAACCAUCAAACGCCCGAAAUACUCCCAUGCCAACCAUGUCGGGCCACCCGGAGCAAAUGCCGGCUCACCGCCCACUGGGGGCGCGUCCGCCGGGAAAAGUAGUGCCUUAAGUGCCACGCCCUCCCGCAGUAUUCACGGCAAAAGCUCUUCGGCGGCCGAUCUGCUGAGACGGGAUAAUUCCGCCCGCAAGACGCUCAGUGCACCGCUGGAUGCACAGGCCAACCGCCCUGGGCAGGAGGGCAGUAAUCCGGCCACGCUGCAAGGUCGGCGGAUGGCGCUGACGCGGACGGAAGAUAUCCGCAAAGCAUUGGAUCCAGAUGAUGAAGACGCCGCAUCGGUGGACAUAGGAGGAAAUUAUCAACUGACGGAUGUGCAACGGCGAGCCAUCCGCGCCAUCAGAAAGAUGAAGUACUUUGUGGCCAAGAGAAAAUUUCGAGAAGCCUUAAAACCUUAUGACGUUAAGGAUGUUAUUGAGCAGUAUUCAGCGGGGCAUGUUGACCUUCUGGCCAGAGUGAAAAAUCUCCAAGCGCGUUGUGAUCAAAUUUUGGGAAAGCAGAACAGCAAAUCCCUCGAUGUUUACGAUUCUAAGGUAUCUUUGGCCUCUCGAAUCGUCAAAAUAGAGAGACAAGUUGACGAUAUUGAAGGGAAAAUUGACACACUGGUCGAUCUACUGCUCCAUCAGCGUAACCAGACACCAAACGAGACUUCUCCAGGGAAUCCUGCAUCAAGCGAGGCCGGCGGCGGCGCCAAACGAGCUAAUCCACCGCAGAAACCGGCAAAACUUCGUCCCAUACUGCUCAAUCACCAGUCAAGUGAUCCCGUCUUCGUCAACAUUCCGCUGGGCGACGCCAACACCACCACGGCCACCGCCGCCGCUGCCGCCGGGCGAGGCCAAGGUGACCUUUUACUGCCGCGUCCCUUGCGGCCCAUCGCCCGCGGCUUCUCCGAUCUGGGCCUGAUGAAGACGGUGGAGGAGGGCUCACCGGGCGGCAGUGGCAUGGCAGAUGCUCUCCUGGUCAACACCAGCGCCGACGACCACCUGUCGCCGCCCCAUUCGGCGGAUGCAUUGCUCUCGACGGCCGGUAUGAGCGGCAUCCAUCCCGUGUCUUCCCUGUUGGUCCCCGUGAAAGUGCCGCCGCCCCUGGAGACGGCUUCGGUCGCUGCCAGCCACGCCAGCAACUCGUGUGAUACGUCGCCAGUGACCAUGUUGAGUUGCACGGCCGAGGAGGAUGAACCGGCUUUUAUUGAUGAGGACUCCGGUGCCUCCGACGGCAAUCUGCAUGGGAUUAAGCUGCACAUUAAUGCACCGAUUCCGUAAUGAAGUUUGUAGAUAGAUGUCGCUAAUGCGGAGUGGCUGUUUUCGGAACCGAUGAAUUUGUACUGAGUGUCUCUCGUCACGACAAUCCGUUGUUGUGCUGAUUACAAUGCUGCCUAGUCAGAUUCUUAAAAGAUAAAUGGAUAAAUGCAUUAUGGUCCUUUUUAUGUGUGGUGUAAUCUGUAGGUGAACUCCGUACGUUACGUGCGGUGGAAACUGUAAGUUGUACCAUUUUUGUAUGCAAGAGCUCUGGCUGUUUUGGGGUUUUGUACAAUUAGGUUGCAGACUAUAACUAUUAAUAAAA